GCACGGUCAAGAAGUGUGUUGCACUGUCGUCGAGAGGAAACGAGCGAAACGAUACCCGAUAGCGUUUUCUCGAUUCGUUCGAAGAUUGUUGUUUUAUUGUGCUCCUUGCUGCUGUUUGAAAAUCGAACAAAAUUUUAGGGUUUUUGGAAUCUGCACCCAUCGAUGGUGUUCGUCCGUCGGUGUGUUUCUCCCGUUCCGAUUUGAGUGUUACUCCUGCCUGGCUGCUACACUGAUUGAUUGUUAAUACCAAGGUCAUUCACGAACGGCGAGUCUACUGACGUAUUGUUCGGGCAGCUCUGGAAAUAAUCGUCGGUCGAGGAGCAAAGGUGUUGGGGGAAAAAGAUUCCUUCUGAUUAUCAACGAAAAAGUGUGUGCUCGAUUGCAACAACCAAUAUACAACCUUCAACUAUUCUAUAAAUCGAUAAUCACUAAGCUUUUGAAACAUAAAAAAAAGAUCAUUCGUGUGAAAGUGAAGUUAUAAACGUGGAAUUUGAAAUUGCCAAUACAGGUUUCCAUCAACGUAACCUGAGAUUUCCGAGUGAAAUCACUAUUUCGCGAUACGUUUUCUCCGGUUUGGAAGCUAGUGUCUUUGAAGUGUUUGAAGUUUGAAGUGAAACAAAUAAUACACCUCCCUUGGCAGCACCGGAGAGCAGUGCCUCGUUCGAUCGCGAUUCGAGUUUCUCUUUUCUUUCUCUUCGCUGACACCGUGGUCCCAGAAAACUAGCCACCGUGGAUACCAUAUCGUUACCCCUCGGUGGAUUAUCUCAUGUUAGGAUGGCUCUAGCAAGAUUGCCGGUAGUGAGUGACUGUCCGGCAGGGCAGACGGCUAGAGUCACCUCCAACCUGCACUCACCCAGCGGCACAAUGGCAGUUAGCAGAGUGCCGUCACCCCCGCUGCCAGAGGUCAACACGCCGGUAGCGGAAAACUGGUGUUAUACUCAGGUCAAAGUCGUUAAGUUCAGCUACAUGUGGACCAUCAACAACUUCAGCUUCUGUCGGGAAGAGAUGGGCGAAGUGCUGAAAUCCUCCACAUUCUCCGCCGGUGCUAAUGACAAACUCAAAUGGUGUUUGCGGGUCAACCCGAAGGGUCUGGACGAGGAAAGCAAAGACUACCUCUCGCUCUACCUGCUACUAGUAUCCUGCAACAAAUCCGAGGUGCGGGCCAAGUUCAAAUUCUCGAUACUGAACGCCAAGCGGGAGGAAACGAAGGCGAUGGAAUCCCAGCGGGCGUACCGGUUCGUCCAGGGCAAGGACUGGGGCUUCAAGAAGUUCAUCCGGCGGGACUUCCUGCUGGACGAAGCGAACGGCCUGCUGCCCGAGGACAAGCUGACGAUAUUCUGCGAGGUCAGUGUGGUCGCGGAUAGCGUCAACAUCUCCGGUCAGAGUAACAUUAUCCAAUUCAAAGUGCCAGAAUGUAAACUAUCCGAGGACUUAGGAGUCCUGUUCGACAACGAGAAAUUUAGUGACGUGACGUUAUCGGUAGGAGGGCGGGAGUUCCAGGCACACAAAGCAAUCCUAGCUGCACGCAGUCCGGUGUUUGCGGCCAUGUUCGAGCACGAGAUGGAAGAGCGCAAACAGAACCGGGUGGCAAUCACAGACGUUGACCACGAAGUAUUAAAAGAGAUGCUGCGGUUUAUCUACACCGGCAAGGCGCCCAACCUGGACAAGAUGGCGGACGAUCUGCUGGCGGCGGCAGACAAAUACGCCCUCGAGAAGCUGAAGGUGAUGUGCGAAGAAGCGCUCUGUGUUAACCUGUCGGUCGAGACGGCCGCCGAAACGCUAAUAUUGGCCGAUCUGCACAGCGCGGAUCAGCUCAAGGCGCAGACGAUAGAUUUUAUCAACACCAGCCAUGCGACCGAUGUGAUGGAAACCGUCGGCUGGAAGAACAUGGUCACCACCCACCCGCACCUGAUAAACGAAGCAUUUCGCGCUCUAGCGACGCAGCAGAUACCACCGAUCGGUCCGCCCCGGAAGAGGGUGAAGAUGAGCUGA